AUGUCAAGCACAGCAGCUUUACCGAAACGGCAUACGAGAAAUCGUCUGGGAGAGCGAAGAGCAGCUAGGGAUCCAAGUAGCUCGAGAGAUGCAAGUGAGGAAGAUAACGAUAAUAUCGAAAACGAAUUUUCCGACGUUGGAUCGACCAUAUCCACCCACGCUGAGACAGUCUCGAGUGCAUCCACAGCGGACUCACCAAGGAUGCAAUCUACCACUACCGCUUCACCUUUACAUGUCGCUGCAUCAGGUAUAAUCACAGCAGCUGGACCUAACGCAACUCAGCCAUUGACCAAGAGGGCAUUACAUCAGAAAAGGGUAGAAGAGUUGAGCGAACAAGGUAGCAUGAGUGAAGGACUGGAUUCACCAACGUACGAUGGUGAUAUUGAAAGUUCAUCGACUAUAGGUGGUACACCCGUCCAUCCAUCUAAUCUACACCAUCAUAUGAGAGGGGCUCAGCCCACUUCGCCGACUAAGGGUAGUCUUGGAUUACAAAGUGAUCAACCAGCUGGAUCUUCACCAUACGGUACGAACCGAUUACCUACUCCCAAAGCCUCCAUGGCAAAUCUGGCUCUGUCGGACUCACCACCAUCUAUCACUCCUCAACUACCAUACGAGAGACCAACGGAUGUACCUGUCGCUCCCUCAAAGGCAUUAGCUGAACCCAGGAGGUCACAGACAUUACCAUUAUCCGCGAAACCCUCCAUGUCGUCACUUGGACCACCAAAGAUGUAUACUAGGCCCAUCGAACUAUCUGAAGAAAACAUCAAGGGUUUCGUAGAAAGGGCAAUACAUGGUAAAGGAGCUGAAGAUGGGGUUGAGAGGUGGUGGAAGACCAAUCCACCUCCUGAAGGCAAGGUUGUUAGGGUCUAUGCAGAUGGUGUAUACGAUCUAUUCCAUUUUGGUCACGCAUUACAGCUACGUCAAGCGAAAUUAUCAUUCCCCAAAGUCCAUCUGUUAGUGGGAGUAUGUUCAGACGAUCUAUGUGCUUCACACAAAUCACGUCCUGCGAUGACCCAUGCGGAGAGGUGCGAAGCUGUAAGGCAUUGUAGAUGGGUGGACGAAAUUCUGCCGGAUGCUCCGUGGGUGGUCGACCAAGAAUGGCUGGAUAAGUACGAUAUCGAUUAUAUCGCACAUGACGAGGAGGUUUAUCCGAGUAAAGAUCAUGAGGAUGUAUAUGCAUUUGCUAAGAAGAACGGCCGGUUUGUACCAACCCGCCGAACUCCAGCUAUAUCAACCUCAGAUUUACUAGAACGUAUAGUCCGAGGGUACCGAGAUGGAUUCUUUGAUUCGAAAUUGGAGAAGAACGGACAUCCCGAAUUGUUAGCGGCAGACGUAGAUUGGGAUUCGAGUGCGUCAGUGGAAAAGAGGGAAAGGAGGAGAGAACAGGCGGCACAUGCUCAUAAACAUCAUCAACAUCAACAUCAGCACAUCAAGAAGUGA